AUGAAGGACUCUGAAAGAAAAAUUAGAGUUUGUAUUAUUGGUGGGGGUGCGGCCGGAUUGUGUGCUUUGAGACAUUUCUCAAAAGAUUUAAGUAUUUUUGAAAUUGAAGCAUAUGAACAAACAGGAAAUAUAGGAGGCACUUGGGUUUACAGUGAAAAUACUGGACUUGAUGAAAAUGGACUACCAAUUCACUCUAGCAUGUAUCGAGAUCUCAGACAAUAUUCUGAUCCACAUAUACCGGAAAUCCCUGGAAUUAAAACCUUUCCUGGAAGACAGCUUCACAGUCAUACAUUCAGAAAAUCCGAAGAAUUUUCAGGAAAAACUGUGAUCGUUUUAGGAGCUGGUGUUUCUGGCGUCGACAUUGGUGUAGAAGUAUCUGAAUACGCUGAUAAAGUUUAUUUGAGUCACAAUCGUGAAAAAAUAAUAGCAAGACUUCAUCCUUCGAUGAUUCAAGUAGCUGGGAUUGAGAGAGUAGAAAAAAAUGAAUUUUUUUUAAAAGAUGGAAAUUCUGUUUUUGCUGAUGACCUGAUAUACUGCACUGGUUAUAAGCAAACUUUUCCAUUUUUUGAUGAAAGUUGCGGAAUUAAAGUUGAUGAUAAUUACGUAUAUCCGCUUUACAAACAUACGAUAAAUGUUCAUUUUCCAACUAUGUGUUUUAUGGGCAUAAAUACAUUCGUGGUAUCAUUUAACAUGUUUCAUGUGAAGGCCCAAUAUUUUCAGGCCCUGCUCAAAAAAAAAUUUGCUCUACCAUCAAAGGAAGAAAUGCUGAAAGAUUCUACAUUGAAAACUUCAAAAAAAUGGCAAGCACAUAACUUAGGGCUAAAGCAAUAUGAUUUUUACGAUUCUUUAACCCAAGAGGCUGGACUGGAACCUUUGCCAGCUUUUUACAGAAAGGCUUUUGAAAUUUAUACACAAUACAGGAAAUAUGACUUAUUACAUUAUAAGGAAUGUCAAAUUAUUUUAUCUGAGGAUGAUACUAAUGUUCGGCAUAUCAAUCAUCGAUAA